AUGGGUGCUUUUAACAGAGGAUAUGCCAAGUCACUGCAAGGUUUGCCCUUGCAAUCUGCUAUUACGAUAUGCUCAGCAUGGGCGUUCACAUUGUUCGGCUACGAUCAAGGUGUCUUGGGAGGAUUGAUCGCCCUUCCGAGUUUCCUCAGAGCCAACCGUAUCAACCCGGACAAUGCAGACAUACAAGGCACCAUUGUCGCCAUCUAUGAUAUUGGAUGCCUCACUGGAUGUAUUAUUGCCGGGUUUGUUGGACAAAAGCUGGGUCGUCGCGUGUUUAUCGUUAUUGGAGGAGCACUUCUUGUCGUGGGAGCAGGACUGCAAGCCGGAGCCCACGGGGCAAGUUACUUGAUCACAGGCCGUGUUAUCGGAGGUGUAGGCAUGGGUCUAACAACCACAAUGGUGCCUAUUUGGGUCGCCGAGACAUCCAAAGCUCAUUCUCGCGGUGCCUUGAUUGCCACACAACUCACGAUUGUCAUUCUGGGACUAACUAUUGCCUACUGGUUCGAUUAUGGCAUGCUUCAGCAUCACCCAAACACGGAAGCUGUCUGGCGCCUCCCACUUGCUUUCCAAGUUGUGUUCAUCCUGCUUACGUGGGCCACGAUCUUCCUGUUGCCCGAAUCACCACGAUAUCUCUACGCGAACGGAGCUGUUGAUGACGCAGAUGAUAUCAUGUCUCGUAUCUACGCUGUUCCGGUGGACAGUGAGGAAGUCACCAAGCACCGUGCUGAUGUCUUUGCUGCUCUCGAAGCCGAGAAAGAGUAUAGCUUCGGCCUGAAGAAUUUGUUCUAUGAUACAUCGCCUGUCAACACGACCUGGAGACUGUGGCUUGGUGUUCUCACCCAAUUAUUCCAGCAGAUGGAUGGUAACAAUAUCGUGUCAUAUUACGCAACAUACCUCUUCAUCAACUCCCUCGGCAUGUCUCAGAACCAAGCAGCCAUCACGUCCGGCGGUGUGACGCUUCUCUUCCUCGGCGGCACCGCGACGACAAUCUGGACCGUCGAGCACCUCGGGCGACGAACCGUCAUGCUGUAUGGGGCAAUCUUCUGCUCCAUCUUCAUGAUCCUCUUCACCAUCGGCCUCGGAGUCAACACUGAUCCCUCUCUGAAACUGGCCGUCGUCUCGAUAUUCCUCUUUGAGUUCGUCUUUGGAGCUUCCUGGUGUCCGCUGGUUUGGGUAUACGUGCCCGAAAUCGCACCCCUCCACGUUCGUCAUAUCGGUACGGCUAUGGGCGUCUUCACACAAUGGUUUAUCACCUUCAUCGUCGUCAAAUUCGGGCCCAUGGGCAUCCAGAAUAUCGGGUACAGAUUCUACAUCCUGUUCUGCGUGUUCAAUGUGCUGGCUAUUCCGUUCGUCUACUUUUGCGUCAAGGAGACCAAGGGACUCAGUCUCGAGGAGAUUGACGUUCUGUUCGCCCGCAAGGAAUACAAACAUGUUCUGCAGGCGCGAUUGAGGGGUGACCACGAAGCUGCUGACAAGAAGCAGGUGCAAGAGAAGGAGGACGUCGUGGAGGAGCAAAAGGUAGAUGCGAAGUGA